UACAGGACGGUCGCACCGCCAGCUCCUGCCGCAGUCAGCAGUCACCAGACUCAGCCGCCGUCCGAGCCACAUCACCUCGCUCCGAUCCGACUCGCUCUCUGCCCCAUCAGCCUGCCAUCGUAGUGACCCUCUCCAGGUCACCAUGAAGUUCUCCGUCGCCGUGCUGCUGCUCGCCGCCGCUGCUGCCGUCGUCUCGGCCCAGGAACCGCCGCCGUCCAACUGCAUGAGGUACUGCCGGCGCUCCCGUCUGGAGACGACGUGGGACACCUACUGCUGCCAGAGCUCUGAACACGCCGGCUUCUGCCCACCGGUCGUGGACGGCUGCGAACCCGGCGAGGCCGCCAAGAGCGCCCCGCGGCCGUGCGAGACCGAUGCGGACUGCGCGGAACAGGACAAAUGCUGCAUGGACGGCUGUCUGAACAUGCGCGUCUGCAAGACGGCUAUGCAAGGGUCACCGGUGCCGAUCGUCCACCCCGGCCGCUGCCCGCGCCUGUUCCCCUGCCUCUCGGGGGUGAAGGGGAACGGCCAGCCCCGGCUCUGCGAGGACGACGGCGACUGCGCUCUGCGCGACAAAUGCUGCAGAGAUAGCUGCAUGGAAGACAUGGUCUGCAAGACUGCCGUUCGCGACCGGCGUGUGAUGAUCGCUCAGUGAGCGGAAGAGGCUGAAACACUCGGCUGGAGUGGUUGGGGUUCGUUACUGAGCGAACAAAGACUGGCCAGUGCUCUGUUCGGGGGCACAUUUCGGUGAUGGGAGGUCCGACACUGUCCCACUGUCGCUUUUAAGCACAGCAGUUGUGACUGGUAAACAAGUGCACGGUGCUCAGAUAUAUUCGGACAAUUACCGUGGUAAGGAAUCGGCACUUCAUCGAGCAAACCGCCUUCAAUAGAAAUGUAUCAUGGACAAUUUGUAAGGUUAACAAUACAACGUCUGCAACUGUUAUGUCGGGCUUUUAACCGUCACCGAAAUGCACGGUUUCGCUCGCCGAGUUACGAGUGCGUGGCAGCGGUACGGCAGCUUUAUCCAAGGUUUUAUCAUUGUGCAAACGUUCUCCCGUUAGUGCAGCUUACCACGGUGGCAUUAGAGUGCGCUGCCAAUGUGCACAUACAUACUCUCGA